AUGAGUGAGGAGUCGCAAAAUGAUGGCAGCAAGAAAAGUCCAUCAUUGGCUGCAUCAAGUGAAGCUUGUCUGCCAGAAGAGUGUGGGGCCCAGAUUGAUGCCUCUAGUUACACUUCACAAACAAAUAAUCCUCAGAUGACAGCAAGCUCCGUGCCACCCGACAGUAAUAAAUGGAAGUGUGAACUCUGUACAUAUGAGAACUUUCCACUCUCUCGAAAGUGCACAAUGUGUCGCACACCAAAACCUUCCCUAGGAGAAGAUAUAUUCAAGUUGCAAGAUGGCGCUAGUGCUUUGCCUACACAAGACGUUUGUGGAGCAGAGGCUGUGGCAGAGAGAUUGAAGCCGCUGAGGAUAUCAUCUCCGCAGGGCCAGGCCAGCGCCUCGUCUGUCACUAAGUGGCCAUGCUCGACGUGCACGUACGAGAACUGGCCGCGCUCCACCAAGUGCGCCAUGUGCGGGGCCGCGCCUGCGCCCCCUGCCCGCGCGCCCCUUGGCACGACCGACACCGGCAACGGCCAGGGCGCGGUGGGCGAGCGCGAGGCGGAGGGCGCGCGGCGCUGCCGGCGGCGCCACGCCGACUGGAUGUGGCUGCAGGCCUGUCUCGGCGUGGUGGAGGGCGACGCGCGCUGCGUGGAGGCGUACCUGGCGGCGGGCGGCGACCCGGCGCGCGCGCUGGCGCCGCACGAGCUGCCGCUGCUGGACCGCGCCUCUGCCUUCGACGCCGGCCACACGCUCGUGCACCUCGCCAUACGAUUUCAAAGACAAGAGAUACUGUCGACGUUGCUGUCGAGGAUAUCGGGCGGGGGACCAGGCCUGAAAAGGUCUCCAUCUUAUGUUGCGCCGGACCUGGCCACGUCCAUCCGGCGCCACAUCGCGGCCAGCUUCCGCUAUCGCAAGGGCGGCAGCUUCCCGUGCCGCUACAUCAACGAGUUCUGCACUUUCUCGCUGCCCGCCGAGAUCGAGGAGCUGCCGGCUGCGAUCCAGGAGCAGCUGUUCUCGGAGGUGCUGGACCGCGAGGCGCAGCAGACGCUGGAGGCGGAGCCGGCGCUGGCGCUGAGCGAGGCGCUGGGCGCGCGCCUGCACGCGCUGUGGAACCGCUCGGCCGGCGACUGCCUGCCCGACGCCGUGUGCCAGGCGGCCUACGGCGUGGCCGACCGCGGCAACGCGCUGCGCGGCGCGCUGGCGGCGGCGCUGCGCGCGCCCGCGCUGCACGCGCGCUGGGCGGCCUGGGAGCGCCUGCAGGCCGCGCGCCUGCACUACGCGCCCGAGGAUGCGCAGCUGCGCGCCGAGUGGGCGCGCCUGGCCGCCGCCGCCGCGCGCCCCGGCGCCGCGCUGCACCAGCUGCACGUGUUUGCGCUGGCGCACGUGCUGCGCCGCCCCAUCCUCGUCUACGGCGUGCACGUCGUCACCUCCUUCCGCGGCGAGGCGCUCGGCUACGCGGGCUUCCAAGGCAUCUACCUGCCGCUGCUGUGGGAGCCGGAGUUCUGCUCGGCGUCGCCGCUGUGCCUGGGCUACACGCGCGGCCACUUCUGCGCGCUCGUGCCGCUGGAGCCCUACACGCAGCGGCACGAUUACAUCUGCCGCGAGCAAGCGGAGGACGGUGAGGACACCACGUACCUGCCGCUCACGGACGCCGAGGGCAAGCUGCUGCCGGUGCACUUCCUCACCUGUGACGAGCUGGCGGAGGAGGAGGCGGUGGUGAGGCGCUGGGUGCGCGCGCGCGCGUUCGGCGGCGCGCUGGCGGCGGCGCAGCGCCCGCACGCGCGCCCGCUGCUGCAGGCGCAGAUGCUCGAGGAGUGGCUCAACCACUACCGCCGCCUCGCGCAGCAGACGCGCGGCCCCUUCCCGCCGCGGCUGCGCGCGCGCGCCGCCUACUGCAGCGACGCCGACACCGACGACGAG